CUGUAUUUGGAGCAUCCAUCAUCACCAGAGGCAAGAAGACCAAGCAGCUGCACUUUGACGUUGUAAUUUUGCAGUGUAGCAGAAACAAAAAGAUGGCGUAUGCAGCAAUGAAGCCGACAAAGCCCGGGCUGGAAGAGCCCCAAGAACAGAUUCACAAGAUUAGAAUCACCCUCUCUUCUAAGAAUGUCAAGAACCUUGAAAAAGUUUGUUCGGAUUUGGUUCGUGGUGCCAAAGACAAGAAGCUACGAGUCAAAGGACCUGUUAGAAUGCCAACCAAGGUUCUUAACAUCACAACAAGGAAGUCUCCUUGUGGUGAAGGAACAAACACAUGGGAUAGAUUUGAGCUUCGCGUCCACAAGCGGGUUAUUGAUCUUUUCAGCUCACCAGAUGUUGUGAAGCAAAUCACCUCGAUCACUAUUGAACCUGGUGUCGAGGUUGAAGUCACCAUUGCUGAUCCAUAGAUGUGCCAAUCUCCUUUUAGGUUUGUCUUGCAAUGCCUUUGGUUUGGCAUGAAGGUCUUCUGAUAGCUUUUUUUUAUUUUUAUGUAUGUCUCUUACAAUUACAAUUUUGGGGAUUUGCGUUUAACGGGAGGAAAAAGUAGACUUCUGUUCGUUAUUCUUUGAUGUUCAAUAACUUGAAUGUGUUCUCGAUUAUCGCUUUCUUUGGUUAGCAUUGAUGCAUUCGAAUUCGA